AAGUGGGUGUGCAUGUGUGUGUGCACAUGGUUCUUUGUCCUGCAUAUUUCUGUAACCCUUUUAUCAGCUGGCAACCUGCCUAGCCUAUUGACUGCUGCAGAAAGGUGCCAGCCUUCAAGGAUUAAUGCAUGGAUGGAUUCAUAUAUUCACAAAGAAAAACUGCCGUAUUUCACUUCCUUCCACAUAUAGCUGAAACGAUUAACCAAAUUACUAUACUUUUGUCUGUUAAUCUGUUUCACUGACAUGUGUUUAUUUACCAGGAUUGAUAAAAUGCCUGUCUGAGAUCAAGUCUCCUGGCAAGUUGAGAUUUUUUGCAGCAGCACAAGGCACACUGCCCAGCAAGUUGUAGCUGUUCCCUUGAUUCAGUCCGCCUGAUUUUAAUUAAUGGCUGAUUAUCAGACUUUUGUUGAAUUGUUAUUAUCUGAAUCAAGAUUAUCAAAGCGGGCACACAUGCAGCACAUUGUGCCUUGAGAAUCAGGAUGUAGAGAGCCAGAUGAAACACAAGAGAGCGUUUAACCUUUAAUUUCUAGUAAAAAAAAACCAAUAAUACUGUACGUUUAAAAAAAAAGCGUUAUAUAUUGUUAAUCUUUACUGAUAUAUAAACGUUCCUUCAAACAUAUACAUAAUAUUUUGGGCCCAAAACCCAAAUUUUAAUACGAAGAUUUAAAAGACGAGGGUAGACAGGAACUCUCUGAACUGCUAGUUGUUGCCUUCCGGAAUAAUAAAACAGUGACACCCAGUGACUAAAAGAGGGAAAACAAAGAGGAUGGCCGGAGCAAAGUCAGCCCUGGUUCUCUGCAUGGAUGUGGGCUUCUCCAUGUCCAACUCAGCCCCGGGUGAAGAGCCUCCAUUUGCACAGGCGAAAAAAGUCAUCCAGAAGUUUGUCCAGCGCCAGGUUUUUAAAGAGACCAAGGAUGAACUGGCUUUGGUUCUGUUUGGCACGGACUCUACCAAAAACUCUUUGGACCGGGAUGGGCAAUACCAGAACAUCAAAGUGCAUCGUCAUCUUAUGAUGCCGGACUUCGAGCUGCUGGAGGAGAUUGAACAUCAGAUCCACCCUGAGAAUCAGCAGGCCGACUGGCUGGAUGCGCUCGUAGUUUCCAUGGAUCUUCUCAAGACAGAAACCCAGGGGAAAAAGUGUGAUCGCUUAAACAUUGUUCUCCUGACUGACCUGAGCACGGAGGCCAGUUCAGACAAGCUGGAUGUUAUAAUUGAGAACUUGAAACAAGCUGGAAUCACCCUGCAGUUCUUUUUGCCUUUCCCAGUGGAGGAUGAAGAAGAGGGUGAAGGAGAUGGGGACAGAACAGGUUCCGGUGACCCUGGUAGGGGCAAAGGUCUCUCCAGGGAACAGCAAAGUGGCCUGGAAAUGGUUAAAAACAUCAUGCUGAGUCUGGACGAGGAGGAGGGCCUAGAGGAAAUUUACACAUUCAGGAAUGCUGUGGAGCAGCUGCGUAUGUUUAAACGCGUUGAGAGGAGACCCAUGACCUGGCCCUGUCAGCUCACCAUCGGUAGCUCUCUGUCCAUCCGUAUUGUUGGCUACAAAGCAGUGACUGAGGAGAAACUGAAGAAAAUGUGGAUCACAGUCGAUGCUCAAAGCAACCAGAGAGAUGAUGUGAAGAGAGAGACUGUUUUCUGUCUGGAUGACGACAAUGAGACAGAGGUGCAGAAGGAAGACAUUAUUCAGGGUUUUCGUUACGGAAGUGAUAUUGUACCUUUCUCCAAAGUGGAUCAGGAUCAGAUGAAAUACAAGCAUGAUGGGAAGUGCUUUGCUGUCCUGGGCUUCACUAAAAAGAACUUGGUUCUUCGCCAUCAGUUCAUGGGGACACAGGUUGUCAAGAUAUUUCCUGCACGGGAUGAUGAGCAUGCAGGCGUGGCCAUGUCGGCUCUGAUCCGUGGUCUGGAUGAGCUCAACAUGGUUGCCAUUGUGCGUUACGCCUACGACCGGCGCAGCAAUCCUCAAGUGGGCGCUGCAUUCCCGUGUAUCAAGCCUGAAUAUGAGUGCCUGUUAUAUGUUCAGCUGCCCUUCAUGGAAGAUCUCUAUGGAAGACAGUUCACAUUUCCGUCUCUUGAGAACAACAAGAAGAUUGCUCCAUCAGAGACGCAGCUGUCGGCCAUGGACUCUCUUAUCGAUUCGAUGAUGCUUGUAACAGAAGACACAGAUUUGCUCAAACCUCACCAUCUUCCCAACCCGGCUUUCCAGAGACACUUCCAGUGUCUGCACCACAGGGCUGUACACCCCGACUCUCCUCUUCCCCCCACGGAGCCGUGGCUGGAGGCUGCUCUCGAUCGCCCUGAGGUCAUCCAGGAACGCUGCCAAGCUCCACUGGAGGAGAUAAAGAAGUUGUUUCCACUCACCGAAGUAGAGAAGAAAAAGAAGCUGAAGACAAGCGCUCAGAUUUUUGGCAAAGACUCUGAGGAACCAGAUGCCAAGAAAGCAAAAGAAGACGAAGAAGAGGACGAGUAUAGCCUGGCAAACAUCGCUGAAGGAUCUGUUACUUCUGUGGGAAGCGUCGAUCCAGCCCGGGACUUCCGCGCUCUGAUCAAACAGAAAACUCUUCCGUUUGGAGAAGUCUGUCAGCAGCUGACUCACAGGAUAGAGCAGCUGCUUAGCAACAAGAACACGCACUACUACAUGAAAAGCAUCACCUGUAUCCAGGCUUUCAGAGAGCAGUCUGUUAAGCGGGGGAACGCUGAUCUGUUCAACAGUUACCUUCAGUCCCUGAAAAGGAGUAUUCCCAACAGAGCCCUCGAGGUCUUCUGGGACCUGCUUGUUCAAGACGCUGUGACUUUGAUCAGCAAGGACGAGGUUGAAGGAAGCGCCGUGUCGAAAAGUGAAGCUUCUCAGUUUCUUUUGGCUGAGGAAAGGAAAGAACAAGUUGCCCCUGAACCGGUGGAAGACACUGGCGAUGUUGAUGACUUGCUGGACAUGAUGUAAGAAAAGAAGCAGGAGUGUUUGCAGAAAUCUAAGGAAUGCGGAGUUUGAACCCACCCAUCCUUUGUCCUGUUCCUCCCACUGGAAGUCCCCGUCACUGGGUGUAUUUUAGUUAGCUGUUCUUUGUUAAACAAUUGACCAAACAACUUAAAGAAAACUUCUUAGAUCAAAAACUUUAUGUUCACUUUUAAAUGUAAAAUCACUAUCAUUGUAUGAGUCUUUUGUAAUUCAAUUUCCAAUGAUCUAGUGUACUAAAAACUGUAACAUUCAGAGUACUACAGGUUUAUUAUGUGAAAUAAGUGAUUUAUAAUAUGCUUAACAGUAAAGCUUGUGCUUCUUUGGGUGACAAAAUAUAUUAAAACACGAUGCUUUGUGAUAAUAAUAGCAAAUUGUUGAAUGCACAAGUAAUAAAGAAGUAUUUUCUUAAAA